AUGACAGAUUCAGCUUUAUUAGGACCUUACAGAGCAACUCGUUUGUGGAAUGAUGUUGUGUUAGCGUUUCGUCAAUAUUUGCCAUGUGGCCGCCACAGACGGUAUAUGAAAACGUUUGACAAUUGCUUCUCUGGGGCAUCUGCUACUGAAUGGCUUCUGCAGUACCUGAAGACCAAUGGGAACUUUGGUUUAGAUAUUUCCAGGGAGAAAGCAACCUCCUUGUUGAAUAAGUUGUACAGAGCUGGCAUUUUUGAGGAAGUGAGAGUCUCCAAGACUAUGCAUCACAAGCAAGAAGUUCGUGAAAAUAGACUGUACAAGUUUUCACCGAUUUCUCCUUCUAAAAUGAAAAUAACACGUCUGCCGUUAGCACCAAGAAAUGAUCUUGGUAUUAAUCGUCCCUUACCAAAGUUUAAAUCAUCUCAGAGUAAAGAAGACACACACGUGCCAUCAAAACAGAAAGCUGAAAGUGAACUAGAUGUUCCUAACAGAAAGCAGUCUAAGCUCAUCAGAAAAAUUUCACUGAAAAGAGACAAGAAAGAAACUGUAGAUAAAGAUGACGAAGAGAAUUAUACUCAGUGUCAUCUGGUUGCAAGAGUUCUUACAACAAAAGAGAUCAAGGACACAUGGAAGGCAGCUUUCAUUCUUAGGUGCAAGCAAGUUCUUGGAGUGGCCAACUUAGGUGAUGUCAUCAGCACCGAUCUAGUCGAUGGUUAUAAUGUCAUGCAUAACUGCAUCUAUCUAAAUAAGAGCGGUGUGGUGACCAACAUAGAUACCAAGGAACAGCUUCCCCACUGGGUCUUGUCUGCCAUGAAAUGCUUGGCUCGUUGGCCAGAGCCUCCAGAACCAGGGUUGCCUAACUAUCCAGGAUUUGAGAAAGAUGUGUUUGGUGUCGUUAAGGACUAUUUUCUAGGACAAGACCAGCCGCUGAUACCCUACAGUCUUUAUGACACCGUUACAAAUGUGUUUGUCAUGGCAGGGAACAGCCAGCUGCGCCACUCAUCGCCUCGUAGUUACAACGAGUCGGGUAUUCCCAGCACACUGUGGUCAUCAGUGUCCCUAGAGAACAUCAUCCUGAACCUCACAAAGAAGUACUGCCUACUGGACAACACAGGGAAUCAACAUGGAAGCACUAGAGAUCUGCAGGACUCCACCAGCUGGUUUGGGACCAGGGAGGAUUUACGGUUUGCAGAAUAUGACAACCACAAUUCUGGAAACUGCCAUCAAAGUGCCAUUCUCCACAGUAAAAGAAUGGACAUGCUUGGGCAAAACCACACUGAGGAAAAUGCUGUUUCUGUAGAGCAGUCUUAUGGCUUGACCGCACAAGAAUCUUGUAAAUCUGCUUCCAUUUCUCAACAUAAUAGUGGGUCUAUUCCUCUGUUUACAACCACACAGUCUGCCACAGAAGCCAGUCAGCUUUCUGAUCAUUGGCUGUCUGGAAUUAACAGAAAGUAUGGAUCUGUGCCCAAUCUAAAGGUUUCCCGCUACGAGACAGCUUUCGGCCCAGACAACAAAACUGUCACCCGAGUCUUUUAUCAGAAUGGAAUGACUACAGACUAUGGUCAUGAUGAAGAAGAGAGUUCAUUUCUGAAAGACAAAAAUAAUACUGACAAAGCAAAGUCGGCAGUCUGUCUUUAUGAUGACAGACAGUUAGAGAAAGACAGUAGCUUCACUGAGAAACCUGUAGCAAGAAGCAAGUCAUUUGUUAAUGUUAAUAAAUGUAUGAGAAGUGAGUCAGACGAACAUGCUAGAGUACCACACAAAAAUUGUUAUGCUCGCAGUUUAAGUUUUAAUGGAAACAAUGGUUUCGGUCUAAAGCAAAACCAAAAUAACCACAGCAGCCCAGGAAAUUAUAAUAGAGUGGAAUCUGAGGCUGAAAGAAGACCUUGCUCCAGUUCCCAGCAGUCAGAAAAUCAUGAUUCCUCUUACCAGCAGGCUGUGAAUCUUGUGGACAUUGAUCACAUAGAAGUUGCAUCAUCUGUACAAAAUACUUCAGCUUUUGUAAUAAUGUCAGCUUCUACAGCACAAGACAAACAUCCAAGUGAAAGCCAGACUUCAGCAUCUCAUUCUGAGGUCAGCAUCAGUCAGUGUCAGUCUCAUUCUAGUCAAACAAGGACCUCAGUUGCUUCAUCAUCAUCUUAUCCCAUUGUGAAUGAAGGUAUCCACCCAUCACCUACAAAACAACCAGCAGUUGCCUAUGACCUUGAACGUAACUGUGGUGCUUUUUCUGAGGACCAUUUUCCUUCUUCUAAAGCAACAAAGAGUCCAUUUUCAUUACCCACACUUGACCGCUGUCAAUCUCAAAAACUGUUAUAUGAUCAUGUGCCUUCUGUUAUAGGCAGCAUAUAUUGUCAAGAUGAUAGGUCAUUUCAUCAGAAACAAGAAACAGAAUAUAGUGUUGUUCUAGAUGCUUCUAAGAAAAAGUCAGCUGUCAGUCGGACAAACCUGGUCUCAAAGAACAGUUCACAGUCAUGCAUAAACCUCGCUUCCCCGCACAAUGUGUUAUCUCAUAAUGAAGUUCAAACAGCUAUAGAAGUAGCAAAUAGAAUGACAUCUACGCCAUAUUUACCUCAGUGUGAUGAUACAACUGCUGCAAAAGAAGGCUUCAUUUCAAGUCUGAGUUUGUCUCGCAUUACGCCAUUUUACAGCAGAAACUCACACAGUCAUAGAAGAGACAACCAGCAUUCAUUUAUUAGCUAUCCUCAGACUAGACUGGCAGAAGAUCGAGCAAAGAACUCUCUACAGAUGAUUACACUUCUGCUUCCACCAGCCAACAGACGCAAACUUCACUUUUUGUUCAAGAUGAUGAUGAAAAUGACCUUGAACCCCAAUCUGUGUCUGGAUCCAUCACAGACAACUCGUAGUUUGGUUAUUGGCACCUUCUACCCAGCUAUAAUUCGCUCCCCUGAAAGGUGCGAACUAGAUGAAGUCGUACAGUUGCAGUUGGUAUCGUUUAUGUUAGACUGCUAUGAUGAUAUCUUCACGCCACCGUCAGGCAUCAAAACUCAGGUCAGCGACAGGCUUAAGGCUUUGCAGCGACCACAGGUUGUAUACUCACCAAAGCCAGAGCGUACGGUUAGAUUUUGUCAACAAACAAGUGUAACAGACUUUGAGAAUCAAAGAAUAUCCACAUCUCACACUGCUCUAGAGACAUUGCUAGAGGACAUUAUCUCCAAUCAGGACAUGAAUAUCAAGGAGAAAACCAAGAGGUUAAAGCAGUUUCAGAGGAUGUAUCCAACAAUUUACCACAAGCGUUUCCCAGAUGCCGAGUCAGAAGCUAAAGUUCUAAUGGUCAAAGUCAAACAGCCAUUGAUGACCAGGCCACUGAACAAGCUCAAGGGUCUGCGACUGUAA